ACAGACUGUGGCCAUCAGUUAUUGAAUGGACGAACUCACUAAGCACGCACAAUUUGCAAAUCUUGGCUGGUCUGUGACGUACAUGGGCGCGGUUUCAUACAUGAAGCUCGUAUCAACGACCGAUACGGCGUCAGCAGCCACGCUGGUCAACAGUUGAUUGGGUUGCUCAAUCAAGCGUAAAGCGAUUUCGAUGUUAGCGAAUCGAUCGCCAAGGUUCGAGCCUAGUGCGAUUGCCACGCUGUGCCUCGCUGUUGAUGGGGUAACAUUCCGAAUCAUGGAUGCUAGGAGGCCAGCCAUAAAUAUUAACAACAGACACUGAAGAGAAAAGACUGCAGUACUCUGCAGCGUAUGAGAACGAGUGCCGGGAUCACGGGAUUUGCACAGAGUUUUAUGAUUAUGUAACCCUGAUAUCCUUUUGACAAGAGAACCACGACGGUCGAGGUUGCACUUUACUAUUUUUCCCUGGGCCCGCAAACAUGACAUUGCCAAAAGAUAACCCAUACCUUGCCCAUCGACAUCCCACUGAGCGAGCUACUUUAAGCGCAAGCAUUCCCAAUGGUGCCAGCGCCUCCUCGAGAGAGCCUCUCUAUGGUUUCGUUCCUCGGAUGGUCAAUGCAGAUCAAGUCCGUCAGGCAUUGGAACAUGAUUUGAACCCGUUCACAAAGCAGCCCCAUACUGCACAAUACAAAAAGAUACUGGAAGCUCGCAAAAAGCUCCCUGUUAAGCUCCUAUUCCAAUCCUACCCCAUUUACCCCGACUUACGUUUACAGUUCAACAAACACCAAAUCAUUGUUAUGGUCGGCGAGACUGGCUCAGGCAAGACCACACAAAUACCCCAAUUCGUCACCUACUUUGAUCUCCCGCACACCAAGAACAAAAUGGUGGCAUGCACUCAGCCCCGCAGAGUCGCUGCCAUGUCUGUGGCUAAGCGUGUAGCGGAUGAGAUGGACGUCCAACUCGGUCGACAAGUCGGUUACUCGAUACGUUUCGAAGAUAUGACUGAGCCUGGUACCACCUUUCUCAAAUACAUGACCGAUGGAAUGCUCCUUCGUGAAGCCAUGAACGACCCUGAUCUCACUCGCUACUCCACUAUCAUCCUCGAUGAAGCCCACGAACGUACCCUAGCUACCGACAUUCUCAUGGGCAUUCUCAAAACUCUUGCCCGACGUCAUGCCCUCAAGUUCCAGAAGUACUUCGGUCCCUCUGGCGACACCCCCGCCCCGCUCUUUAAGGUCCCAGGUCGUACCCACCCCGUCGAGGUGUUCUACACCCAGGAACCGGAGCCAGACUAUGUCGAGGCUGCCAUCCGCACAGUGCUCAUGAUCCAUCGCGCCGAGGAGCCAGGAGAUAUCCUAUUGUUCCUGACGGGCGAAGAGGAGAUAGAGGAUGCGUGUCGGAAGAUUAAGCUCGAGGCGGAUGACCUUAUCAACUCCGACUCCGAGUCUGUAGGCCCCCUCAUGUGCAUCCCACUAUACUCGUCGCUACCGCCACAACAACAGCAACGCAUCUUCGACCCGCCACCGAAAGCAAACAGUCCGGAUGGUCCCCCAGGACGCAAGGUUGUAGUCAGCACGAACAUUGCAGAGACAUCGCUGACAAUCGAUGGGAUCGUGUACGUUGUCGACCCAGGAUUUUCCAAGCAAAAUGUAUAUAACCCGCGCAUCCGUGUGGAGAGCUUACUCGUGAGUCCGAUCUCCAAGGCGUCGGCACAGCAGCGUGCAGGCCGGGCCGGGAGAACGAGGCCGGGUAAAUGCUUUAGGUUGUACACGGAGAAGGACUUUAUGACGGAGCUCGAGGAACAGACACACCCAGAAAUUUUGAGGAGUAAUUUGGCGAAUACUGUGCUGGAGCUUGUCAAGGCAGGGAUUAAGGAUCUUGUCAAGUUUGAUUAUGUGGAUGCGCCGGCGCCAGAGACGCUAAUGAGGGCACUGGAACUGCUGAAUUACCUCGCUGCUAUCAUGGCUGAAUUCCCUCUGGAUCCACAGCUCUCAAAGAUGCUGAUCUCCAGCCCAGAGUUCAAGUGUAGCAACGAGAUCUUGACGAUCACCGCGAUGUUGUCAGUACCAAAUGUAUGGCUGCGGCCGAAUAACCAGCGAAAAGAGGCAGAUGCUGCAAAGGCGCUGCUUACUGUCCCUGAUGGUGACCAUCUAACGCUUCUUAACGUGUACAACAACUACAUCCAAAAUCAGUACGACAAAAAUUGGACCUGGAACAACUACCUCUCCGCUCGGGCGCUGAUGCAAGCAGACAACGUGCGCGAGCAGCUGAAGCGGACGAUGGAGCGGUUUGAGGUGGAGCUCGUCAGCUUGCAAGAUCAGAAGAAGAUGUUUAUGGCGAUCAGGCAGUCAUUGUGUUGUGGGUUUUUCAUGCAAGUUGCGCAUAAAGAGGGAGAGAAGGGGAAUUACAUGACCGUGAAAGAUAAUCAGGUCGUGGCACUACAUCCAUCGUGCGGGCUGGAUACGCAGCCGGAGUGGGUGCUUUUCAAUGAGUUUGUGCUCACGACGAGACCUUAUAUACGGACUGUUACGGAUGUGCGACCGGAUUGGCUCCUCGAAUAUGCGCCUUUGUAUUUCGACUUAAAGAAUUGGCCAGACAGCGAAACGAAGCGCGCGUUGUUGAAGACUGGAAAAAAGCAGGCGGGAAAAUACGGGGCGCGGUUUGACCAGGCGGAGGUGGAGGCGUCAAAAGAGGGAGGGGACUGUGCGCUGAAAAACACUAGGCGAUUAGUGUGA